AUGAUUCACAUAACUCAAGAAAGGCAACAAGAAGCCAAGCUAAAAUUUAUUACUGAUAAAGAAGAAGAGUUAAAAUCAAUGCUGGAAAACACAAGAAACAUAUAUAAUCAGCAUAUUGAUAAACUAAGAAUUCCAUCAGAAAUAAAGGAAAAAUAUUUCAGGAAAAAGUCUGACAUAAACCCUCCUGAUCUUGAGCUGGUUUUUGACCCUGAAAUAGGGGGUGGGAUAAUAAGAGAAUCCCAAAAUGUGCCCAGAUUCUUUUAA